AUGGUCUACUCCAGCCCAGACCCUGCUCUUCCACCACAACGACCUCUGUUCACGAAGCUCAUCAAACACAUUCUAGCAACCAUCGACCCCUCCCAACCCUUCCAUCUCCCUCUUCGUUCCUUCGCCCUCGCCACCACAAUGUGCCCCAACCUCAACUGGAUCGUCCUCACGUUCUACGGCUCACCCACUCCCCACCCCGCCUCCCGAAAUACACAUGGCUCCCCUCUCAGUUUCGCCCGGCAGAAGAACUCGACGCCGACGUUCGACGAGGAGAUGGUAUCCAUCCUCUGCUCCGCAUCAUGCACCCACCAACUUCUCCGCUCUCCAUCAGCUCAUAUCUACCUGGCCCAGCCUCCGUGA